ACUACCACCACAGCUGCCUCAACGACAACAAUGUCACCCACCACCACAACAGCUGCCCCAACGACAACGACAAUGUCACCCACCACCACAGUUGCCCCAACGACAACAACACUGUCAUUUACCACCACCACAGCUGCCCCAAUGACAACGACAAAGUCACCCAUCACCACCACAGCUGUCCCAACCACAACAACAGUGUCAUCCACCACCACCACAGCUGCCCCAACGACAACAACAGUGUCAUCCACCACCACCACAGCUGCACCAACGACAACGACAAUGUCACCCACCACCACAGCUGCCCCAACGACAAUGUCAUCCACUACCACCACAGUUAAACAAACAACAACGACAGAAUCACCAACCACCACCACAGUUGCCCCAACAACAACAACAGUGUCAUCCACCACCACCACAGCUGCCCCAACGACAACGACAAUGUCACCCACCACCACAGCUGCCCCAACGACAAUGUCACCCACCACCACCACAGUUGCCCCAACGACAACAACACUGUCAUUUACCACCACCACAGCUGCCCCAAUGACAACGACAAAGUCACCCACCACCACCACAGCUGCCCCAACGACAACAUUGUCACCCACCACCACCAUAGUUGCCCCAACGACAACGACAAUGUCACCCACCACCACAGCUGCCCCAACUACAAUGUCAUCCACCACCACCACAGUUAAACAAACGACAACGACAGUGUCACCAACCACCACCACAGUUGCCCCAACGACAACAACAGUGUCAUCCACCACCACCACAGCUGCCCCAACGACAACGACAAUGUCACCCACCACCACAGCUGCCCCAACGACAGUGUCACCCACCACCACCACAGCUGCUCCAACAACAACAACAUUGUCACCCACCACCACCACAGUUGCCCCAACGACAACAACACUGUCAUUUACCACCACCACAGCUGCCCCAACGACAACAACAGUGUCCACCACCACAGUUGCCCCAACGACAACAACAGUGUCAUCCACCACCACCACAGCUGCCCCAACGACAAUGUCACCCACCACCACCACAGCUGCUCCAACUACCACCACAGCUGCCUCAACGACAACAAUGUCACCCACCACCACCACAACCACAGCUGCCCCAACGACAACAACAGUGUCAUCCACCACCACCACAGCUGCACCAACGACAACGACAAUGUCACCCACCACCACAGCUGCACCAACGACAAUGUCAUCCACUACCACCACAGUUAAACAAACGACAACGACAGUAUCACCAACCACCACCACAGUUGCCCCAACAACAAAAACAGUGUCAUCCACCACCAUAACAGCUGCCCCAACGACAGUAUCACCCACCACCACCACAGCUGCUCCAACUACCACCACAGCUGCCUCAACGACAACAAUGUCACCCACCACCACAACAGCUGCCCCAACGACAACGACAAUGUCACCCACCACCACAGUUGCCCCAACGACAACAACACUGUCAUUUACCACCACCACAGCUGCCCCAACGACAAUGUCACCCACCACCACCACAGCUGCUCCAACUACCACCACAGCUGCCUCAACAACAACAAUGUCACCCACCACCACCACCACAGCUGCUCCAACGACAACAACAGUGUCAUCCACCACCACCACAGCUGCACCAACGACAACGACAAUGUCACCCACCACCACAGCUGCCCCAACGACAAUGUCAUCCACUACCACCACAGUUAAACAAACAACAACGACAGAAUCACCAACCACCACCACAGUUGCCCCAACAACAACAACAGUGUCAUCCACCACCACCACAGCUGCCCCAACGACAAUGUCACCCACCACCACCACAGCUGCUCCAACUACCACCACAGCUGUCUCAACGACAACAAUGUCACCCACCACCACCACAGCUGCCCCAACGACAACGACCACAGUUGCCCCAACGACAAUGUCACCCACCACCACCACAGCUGCUCCAACUACCACCACAGCUGCCUCAACGACAACAAUGUCACCCACCACCACCACAGCUGCCCCAACGACAACGACAUUGUCACCCACCACCACCAUAGUUGCCCCAACGACAAUGUCACCCACCACCACAGCUGCCCCAACGACAAUGUCAUCCACCACCACCACAGCUGCUCCAACUACCACCACAGCUGCCUCAACGACAACAAUGUCACCCACCACCACCACAGCUGCCCCAACGACAACGACAUUGUCACCCACCACCACCAUAGUUGCCCCAACGACAACGACAAUGUCACCCACCACCACAACUGCCCCAACGACAAUGUCAUCCACCACCACCACAGUUAAACAAACGACAACGACAGUGUCACCAACCACCACCACAGUUGCCCCAAUGACAACAACAGUGUCAUCCACCACCACCACAGCUGCCCCAACGACAAUGUCACCCACCACCACAGCUGCCCCAACGACAAUGUCACCAACCACCACCACAGCUGCUCCAACUACCACCACAGCUGCCUCAACGACAACAACAUUGUCACCCACCACCACCACAGUUGCCCCAACGACAACAACACUGUCAUUUACCACCACCACAGCUGCCCCAAUGACAACGACAAAGUCACCCACCACCACCACAGCUUCCCCAACGACAAUAUGCCCCAAUGACAACGACAGUGUCACCCACCACCACCACAGCUGCUCCAACUACCACAGCUGCCUCAACGACAACAACAAUGUCACCCACAACUGCAGCUGCCCCAACGACAACAACAGUGUUAUUUACCACCGCCACAGCUGCCCCAACGACAACGACAAAGUCACCCACCACCACCGCAGCUGCCUUGACGACAACGACAUUGUCACCCACCACCACCACAUUGCACCAACAGCGGCAGUGUCACCAACCACCACCACAGCUGCCCCAACCACCACCAAAGCUGCCCCAAUCACCACCACAGCUGCCCCAACUACCACCACAGCUGCAUCAACGACAACAACAAUGUCACCCACCACAGCUGCCUCAACGACAACAACAAUUCCACCCACCACCACUACAUCUGCCCCAACGACAACGACAUUGUCAACUACCACCACCACAGUUACCCCAAUGACAACAACAGUUUGCACCAACGACAAUGUCACCCACCACCAUCACAGCUGCUCCAACUACCACCACAGUUGCCCCAACGACAACAACAGUACAGGCUACGACAAUGACAGCGUCACCUACCACCACAACAGCUGCCCCAAUGACAAUCACACAGUCAGCCAUCAAAACCACAGUUGCCGUAACAACAACAACAGCACAGCCUACGACAACGAUAGAGUCACCCACAACGGCCACAGCUGCCCCAGUGACAACGCAACAGUCACCCACCACGUCCACAGCUGCCCCAAUGACAUAGUCACCCACCACAGCCACGGCUGCCCCAACGACAACAACACAGUCACGCACCACGGCCACAUCUCACCCAACGACAACAGCACAGCCUACAACAAUGUCACCAACCACCACCACCAAAGCUGCCCCAACAACGGCACAGCCAAAGACACCAACUGUGUCACCUACCACCACCACAGUUGCCCCAACAACAAUGACACAGCCAUUCACCAAAACAACAGUUGCCCCAACGACAACAACAGCACAGCCAUAGCUGCCCCAACUACAGCAACACAGUCACCCAUCACCACCACAGUUUCCCCAAUGACAACAACUGUACAGGCUACGACAAUGACAGCAUCACCUACCACCACAACAGCUGCCCCAAUGACAAUCACACAGUCAGCCAUCAAAACCACAGUUGCCGUAACAACAACAGCACAGCCUACGACAACGAUAGAGUCACCCGCCACAGCUGCCCCAAUGACAACGCGACAGUCACCCACCACGUCCACAGCUGCCCCAAAGACAUAG